AUGUUUCUCUAUUUAUUAAGUAUUUUAUCAUUAUGUGUGCAAGUAGUUUUUGUGACCCUAGCCAUAGCUGCGGGUUUAUACUAUCUGGCCGAGUUAGUUGAAGAAUACAGUGUAAUGGCAAAGUAUGUGAUAUCAUGGAUUGUAGUGGUCACUGCAGUCAUACACCUUGGCUUAAUAAUCUUUGAGGAUAUACCACUACAGUUAAAUAGUCUGGGACUAUUUCAACAAUUUUUACAUGCAUUAUUGUUGAGAGAUUUCCCCGUGUUUCGGCUAACAAGUGUCACCUUUGUGUCAUCUGUGCUGAAUUUGAUAUUGCACCAUUACUUAGCGUUUAAGUUCUUUGGUACAACAUAUUAUGGCUUUUCAGAGGUGCUAGCCUACUUUACAUUGUGUCUAUGGAUAGUACCAUUCGCAUUAUUCGUGUCAUUAUCAGCCAAUGACUAUGUCUUACCCACCACGGGGGAAAGGCAACAUUUGCUUGGUGAAAACAACGUGGUCACAGAUUACCUAUCCCAAAAAGCGAAGAGAUACAGUCUGUUGUCUUUCUUCAGUUUCGCCAAAGAUUCAAUAUUGCCACAACGAAAUAAAAAAUCCUUUUGA